AUGGUUUGUGUGCCAUGUUUUAUAUUGCCCGUGUUGGUGGUGAUCUACGUCCGCUUUAUCCAACCCCUGAUCUUGAGGUUUGUUCCACAAGCUUGGAAGACCAAACUUGAUGCUUGGUUGUAUCCAACUUGUCCAUUGGAUCUGAAGAAAAAUCGAAAAGCCAAAGCAACUGGAGAUUGUUGUGCUGAAGACGAGAAUAUUGCUAAAACUGAAGAGCCGGCAGAGAUUAAACCUGAAGAAGUGAAGAAAAACGAGUAA